AGGCAAAGGUGAGCCGGAGGCCGCAUCUAGAUGGGGGCCCAGGAAAGAACGUUAGGUAUGGGCCUUUUAGUUUUUCCAUUAGCUAAACAAAAGCCAGUUUCAUUUCUGGUGUGCAUGUUUGGUGAGUGUGGUGUAUGAGUGCUUGUGCCAGUUUCAAAGGAUGCAGGCUGUGCACACUCGAUCACUCUACCGAUUCCCUGAGACAAGGUCUCUCACCCUAUCUGGAGCUAGGCUGGCAGCCAGCAAGACUCAGCAAUCCUCCUGUCUCCACCCAUAGUUAUUAUUAUUAUUUUUUAACCAGGUCAUUGGGAUUAGAACUCAGGCCCUGACCGUUUGGGCAAGCCAUUCACUUAGCUACUUAGCCAACUAACCUACUGAACCAUCUCUCCAGUCCUUCCUUCCUCUUCCCUCCUUUUUCUCUUUCCUUUGAUCUCUCUCUCUCUCUCUCUCUCUCUCUCUCUCUCUCUCUUUCUCAUCUUGCGGUCUAGGCUAGCCUAUGAAGCUGGUCUUGAACUCCAGAUCCUCCUGCCUCCACAUCCCAAAUGCUGGGUUUGAGCUACCACAAGUAGCCUUAAAAUUCUCAUACCCCCACCCCCACCGGCUGCUAGAGAUGGCACGCAGGAUCUUGUGCUUGCUAGUCCCGUCACCCUCUGCCUUUUCUGCUUCUCAGAGUCAACAGCUGCUGAAGUCACACCCCUGGUUCUCUUAGCUACCACCCCUCACCCCAGUGGGCUCACAGCCCCCUCCUCCCUGCACUUGCCCAAAGGUCUCCAGACAGAGGGCAAUGCAAGCAAGCUGGUGAAGACCUUUCUUCUCCCCACCAUGGUCGACAGCACCAAGUAUGAAGUGGCUGCCCAGCAUGAGGAAAAUGCCUCUGCUCUGGGAGACAGGGCCAGCCCGGUGGCCGAGCAGGUAAAACUGAAGAAGGAGAUCUCACUACUAAAUGGCGUGUGCCUCAUAGUAGGGAACAUGAUUGGCUCCGGCAUCUUUGUCUCCCCCAAGGGAGUACUCAUGUACAGUGCCUCUUUUGGCCUCUCACUGGUCAUCUGGGCUGUUGGGGGCAUUUUCUCCGUCUUUGGGGCCCUUUGUUAUGCCGAACUGGGUACGACCAUUAAGAAAUCUGGGGCCAGCUAUGCUUAUAUCCUGGAGGCCUUCGGGGGAUUUCUUGCCUUCAUCCGCCUCUGGACUUCUCUGCUCAUCAUUGAACCCACGAGCCAGGCCGUCAUUGCCAUCACCUUUGCCAACUACAUGGUGCAGCCUCUCUUCCCGAGCUGUGGUGCCCCCUAUGCUGCUGGCCGCCUGCUGGCUGCUGCCUGCAUCUGUCUCUUAACCUUUGUUAACUGUGCCUAUGUCAAGUGGGGAACCCUGGUCCAAGAUAUUUUCACCUAUGCUAAAGUGUUGGCACUGAUCGCAGUCAUCAUUGCAGGCAUUGUUACACUUGGCCAGGGAGCCACAACUAAUUUUGAGAAUUCCUUUGAGGGUUCAUCAUUUGCAAUGGGUGACAUUGCCCUGGCACUAUACUCAGCUUUGUUCUCCUACUCAGGCUGGGAUACCCUUAAUUAUGUCACUGAAGAGAUCAGGAAUCCUGAGAGGAACUUGCCCCUCUCCAUUGCCAUUUCCAUGCCCAUUGUCACCAUCAUCUACCUCUUGACCAACGUGGCCUAUUACAGUGUGCUAGACAUAAAGGACAUCUUGGCGAGUGAAGCUGUUGCUGUGACCUUUGCAGACCGGAUUUUUGGAAUAUUCAAUUGGACAAUUCCAGUGGCAGUUGCGUUAUCCUGCUUUGGUGGCCUCAAUGCUUCCAUUGUGGCUGCUUCCAGGCUUCUAUUUGUGGGCUCAAGAGAAGGCCACCUCCCUGAUGCCAUCUGUAUGAUUCAUGUUGAGCGGUUCACGCCAGUGCCUUCUCUACUCUUCAAUGGUAUCUUGGCACUGGUCUACUUAUGUGUGGAGGACAUCUUCCAGCUCAUUAACUACUACAGCUUCAGCUACUGGUUCUUUGUGGGGCUUUCUAUUGUGGGUCAGCUUUAUCUACGAUGGAAGGAACCUGACCGGCCUCGCCCUCUCAAGCUCAGCCUUUUCUUCCCCAUUGUCUUCUGCCUCUGUACCAUCUUCCUGGUGGCCGUGCCCCUCUACAGUGACACCAUCAACUCCCUCAUCGGCAUUGCCAUUGCACUCUCAGGCUUACCCUUCUACUUCCUCAUCAUCAGAGUGCCGGAACAUAAACGACCUCUUUGCCUUCGAAGGAUUGUAGCCUCCACUACACGGUACCUCCAGAUCCUCUGUAUGUCAGUUGCUGCAGAACUGGAUUUGGAAGAUGAAGAGAUGCCCAAACAACAAGGUCGCAAGUCUAAAUAGAGCUUGGGAUUCUGAGACAUGGACAAACAGGUGCUUAUGUCCCAUUGACCAGAACCUCUCUGGAGGCACCUGUCCAGGAGCCCAGCCUUGGCAGCUUCAACUCUGAACUUGCUUUGAGGGAUGAAAAGUAAUUUAUUUGUUUAGCUAUAUGUUGUUUCAGACUUCAUAAGGGGUUAAUGUAGACUGUGGCAGGAAUCAGGCCACUUCUGGAGCUUGGUUCUAGAAGUUCCUGGGUGUGCCUACCCACUCCUUUUUUUCCUUUACAAGGGCCAACAAUGCUCCAAACUGGUCUCCUUUAGAGGGACAAAAAACUGUCAUAGAUGCGAAACAAUAAAAGUUAUGUUCCUAAAGUC